UAUCAUUAUUUUGUUUUUUACAGGAGAGCUCAUACUUUAACUGUGUUAUUUUUGAUGUCAUGUGCUUUAGUUUAUGUUGCUAUUUUUGAACAAGUUAAACAAGAUCCAGAAUACAAUACAAAAAGAGGAUUAGUUGCUUGUAUUUUGGUAUUUUUAUUACUUGGUGUGACACAAAUUCCUGAUGGACCAUUUCGCAGACCUCACCCUGCACUUUGGAGAUUUGUCUUAUGUGUCAGCAUUGUUUAUGAACUUGCUCUCAUCUUUAUUCUAUUUCAGACUGCAGAUGAUGCUCGAAAGUUGUUGAAACAUAUCGAUAAGGAAUUAGGGAAACCACUGGCAGAGCGAAAUUAUGGAGGAAAUUGCCUUAUUUAUGAUCCAGAUAUGCCUCAAGAUCCCUUUCAUAAUGUUUGGGAUAAAUUGGACAUAUUUGUACCAACACAUUUUAUAGGAUGGUGGGUUAAAACUUUGAUGUUGCGAGAUUGGUGGCUAUGUAUGGUAACAAGCAUUAUGUUUGAAGUUCUAGAAUAUACAUUGGAACAUCAAUUGCCAAAUUUCAGUGAAUGUUGGUGGGAUCAUUGGAUUCUGGAUGCUCUUGUUUGUAAUGGAUUAGGCAUAUAUCUAGGAUUAAAGACAUUGAAAUAUUUAUCUAUGAAACCAUAUCAUUGGAGGAGUCUCUGGGAUAUUCCCACUUAUCAGGGAAAACUCAAGCGAAUUGCUGCUCAAUUUGGACCACACAGCUGGAUUGAAUUUGACUGGAAACCUACCUCAAGUCUUACAAGAUGGCUUUCUGUUCUUGGGAUAAUAUUUAUAUUGCUGGUAGCUGAGUUGAACACAUUCUAUCUUAAAUUUGUAUUAUGGCUAGAACCUCCACAUUUUUUGAACUUGGUUCGUCUUAUCUUGAUGGUUUUGGCUGGUGCAGUGGCUGUCAGAGAAACAUUUCAGUACCUGGAUGAUGUGGAAUGCAAGAAGUUUGGCCGACAAUCUUGGGUGAUGCUGGCUGUUGUUAUUACAGAAUUUCUUGUUAUUGCAAAAUUUGAUUGGAAUACAAUAACAAAGCCUCUUCCUUCAUAUGUUGCAUAUUCGUGGCUUUUGGGUAUUAUGCUUGUUGUACUGUGGACAAUAUGGAAUUUCUUUCUGUGUGCAAAACUGCAAAAUAAUCAAGAAAUAGCAGAAAAUGGAAGUGAGUACUUAAGCAAGUUUGAACAGAACAAUGCAAAUAACAUUGCUGAAAUUUCUGCAAAUCUCAGGUUACGGAAAUCUGGAAAAUCUGUAAAUACAACUCAUGGAAGUAUUUAAUUUAUCACCAAAAAACUUGCUCAACUAAGCAAUAGGAAUAUGCAUUUGUGUAAAGAUACACAUUUAAAUAUUUUGCUACAAAGGCUGUUUUUAAAUAUUUUUGUUUUCAAAUUUCCUAAAAAUGAUUUAAAUUUAUUAA